UCCCCCCAUUUUUUCAACGCUGCGAAUCCUCUUGCCGAACCCCGAAAUCAGCCGGAAUCUCGAGCUUUCCCACUGGAAAGUACCGAUUUCUUGAUCUUGAGACAAUUCUCAACUUUAUUGGCUUUUUAGCAUUUUGAUAUUCGAGUUUUGAGCUACGAAGAGGUGUUUAAAAUCGCUUCAAAGAUGUGUCUGAGGAGUUCUGUGAAAGGCCUGCAAAUGCUGGGGGCGGAGGACAAGAAGAGGUUGGUGGUAGUAGGCGGAGGAAUCGGCGGCGCUUUUGUUGCUCAUUCCCUUCAGUUUGUCGCCGACGUCGUGCUAAUCGAUCAGAAGGAGUAUUUUGAGAUCUCAUGGGCUGGUUUGAGGUCAAUGGUGGAGCCGUCAUUUGCUGAAAGAUCAGUGAUUAAUCAUACUGAUUACCUUCCCAAUGCAAGAAUUGUUUCAUCUGCAGCCAUGAGUAUCACAGACAACGAAGUUUUUGUUUCAGAUGGCUCUUCAGUUCCCUACGAUUACCUUGUCGUUGCUACCGGUCACGAGGAAACUGUUCCAAAAAGUAAAACUGAAAGGCUCAGUCAAUACCAAGCAGAAUGUGAGAAGAUAAAAGCUGCCAAUACGAUUUUAAUAAUUGGAGGUGGUCCUACUGGCGUAGAACUCGCUGCUGAAAUUGCUGUUGAUUUCCCAGAAAAAAAUUUGAAAUUAAUACACCGGGGCUCAAGAUUAAUGGAAUUUGUCGGGUUUAAGGCUUCCCAAAAGGCACUUAACUGGUUAACAUCAAAGAAAGUUGAAGUGAUCCUACAACAAUCUAUUUCAAUGCAAUCUAUAUCAGAAGGAGUAUAUCGAACUUCAGGCGGCGAGACUAUUGCAGCCGAUUGCCACUUCAUGUGUACCGGAAAGCCAAUUGGAUCGCAGUGGCUGAAAGAGACCGUCUUGACAAACAGCUUGGACAUCCAUGGAAGACUGAUGGUUGACAAGCACAUGAGAGUCAGGGGUUUUAAGAAUGUCUUUGCAGUUGGAGAUAUCACAGACCUCCAGGAAAUCAAACAAGGUUAUUUAGCAGAAAGACAUGCUCAUAUAACUUCCAAGAACCUAAAAGUGUUGUUGAUGGGUGGAAAUGAGAGAAAGUUAGCUACAUACAAACUCGGUUCGCCCCUUGCAAUCGUGUCGCUCGGAAGGAAAGAGGGAGUUGCACAACUUCCUUUCACGACAAUUAGCGGAUGCAUUCCUGGAUUGAUUAAAUCUGGAGACUUGUUUGUGGGAAAGACAAGAAAGGAACUUGGAUUGGCACCUUGACGUUUCAUCGAACACGUCUUCGAGCUAAACCGUCCAGUCUUCGCUGCAUUUAUCGCCAUUUUUACCUGAAUUUUCUUGCCUAAUGUAUAUGGUUACCUAAAUAACUGUAUAAUAUUGCACAUUCUCUGUUGUUUUC